GCAAAAUUCAGUUUUAAUAUUUGUGUUCCCUAAGAAAACAUUAUUAAGAUAAAUGAAUUAGCUUUAUUUGCAAUAUGUCCAAAAAUCCGAAACGAAAUGCGUCCCAAACAAGGGCGGACAGAUUUUCGCAAAUGUCGAAGCAAGAAGAAAUUAUAGCUGAAAAGAAACGUCUUAUAGAAGCAAAAUUAAAAAUGAUGGAAACUGACAAUAUUACAAGCUCAAGCCAAGUCGCAUUAGAUAAUAAGCUAGAUCAAAUAUCUGGAAAACCUUCUCUGGUCAAUAGUUUUUCAAAUGAUGGUUCCUUCCUAGAGAAGUUUAAAAAAAUUUCUAAUCCUGUUUCGAAUGAACCAGUUCCCGCCAAAGGUAAUGCAGAAAAGAAGCAAAGCAAAAACUUCAAUAAUAAUGCAAACAGGAGUAAUAAUCAUAAUAGAUGGAAUAAUAAUAAAAAUGAUAAUCAAAGAAGUCAUCGUAAUAAUAAUCAAAGAGAUUAUAAUGAUCGUAGGCAGCAGGUCGAAAAUGUGCAACAAGAUUCAUUUAAUUUUGGAUACUCUGGAAAUACUAGAUUUCAAGAGAACAAUUAUCAAGGUGGAAUGUAUGGAAAUAUGAACAAUGCAACUAAUUAUCAAAAUUGUACUCAAGAUCCGUAUAUGAGCCAAAUGAAUUCUUCACAGCAGUAUCCAAUAAUAGCAAAUGAAAGAAAUAAUUGGAAUAAUUCUUAUAACGGAGAACAAAGAUCCAAUGUCAAUCCUCAAACUCAUGCCAAUAUGUCACAGCCGCCACCUCGUAUCAAUCAUGCACCACCUAGUAUCCUUCAAUCAACAGAUAUUCAUCAGAGGCCUCCAGGAAUGCCUUCUAUGCAAUCUAAUAUAUCGCAGUCGGUCAGCAUGCAUCAAGCACCACCUGUGACAUCUCAACUUAAUUCAACUGCAGUGCCAGCUGGAUUGCCUCAUGUUCGAAUGUCUCAGCCGCCUCCCCUUUUGCCUCCAGGAGUUUCUCAAACGCAUCCUGUUAUACCAUCAUUAACGAGUUUAGUGAUUCCUCCACCUACUGGGAUACAGUUAAAUCCAUCAAACAACACUCAAGUACCUCCUCCGCCGCUACAUCCACAAAUGCCAAUGUCAAUGUCACUGCAGCAAAAUGUUCAAAUACAACCUUUGACAUCAAAUGCACAGAUAAAAGCUUCAGUUCAAUCUCCUUUACAAAUUCAAUCUCCCAUACAAACAAAUACACAAGCACAAACUUUAAUUCAAACAAAUAUACAAAUUCCUCCUCCAAUGACUUUGCAUUCUAUACCAGAACCUCAGCCUUUAGAUGCGAUGACCAUACCAAGACCAGCACCAUUAAAUUUGCUUUCUAUACCACCACCAUUACCAUUGUGCUUGAAUCAGAUACCACAGCCAAAAGAUAUUGAUGUUAGAAAUAUUCCACCUCCUCAGCAAAUGAAUGUAUCUGGUAUCAAGAUGCCUGAUAGCACACCACUAUUUCCAGUAAAAUCAAAAGUUUUAUCCACAGAUGAUCCAAUGUUCCAAAACGAUGGCUCGAAUGAUCAGUGUGAUAGAAAACGAAAUCCUGGGAGUAACCCAAUAGAACGUGUUGCUAAACUUGUUGUAGAAAUUGGAGAUGGAUAUGAAGAGAUCUUUAAACAAAAACACCAACACGAACCAGAAUUCUGGUUUUUGUUUAAUCCUGAAUCUGCAGAAUACACAGAGUACAAGGAUUUGGUCAAAAAGUUGAAGGAAGAUAAACAGAAUCAAUGUUACAGUCCGGAGGAAUUAUAUGAACCUGAAUAUAGUUUAAAUGAUGAUGAGGAAGAUGAGCAAGAUGUCAAAAUUAAAAUUGAAAAAUGUUCUCCAAAAAAAGAGCAAAUAUCAUUAGUGUCCCAAUUUUAUGAUGAUGUUAAUGAUCAAAAUUCUAUCGAAGGUGAUACUAAAGUGAAGGUAGAAAAAACUGAAGAUAGUAUUGACAGUGAAGAAAAUAAAAGGAAACGGAAAAGGAAAAGUCGAUGGGGAAGUGAGAAAGAUAUUAAGCCAGUACUUCCUGCACCAAAUGUUGUGCAUGUACCUAGCUUAGGAAUUGCUCUGCCACCAAAUGUUGCACCAUUGACAGUACCCGCUCCUAAAAUAUCAAUAAAUAAAGUAACAAGAACGGAUAAAGCACUCCUUCAAUAUGCUAAAAACACAUUUGGAACUACAGAUCUUUCAGAAGAAGAUUGGGUAAAAGCAGAAGAUCAUUUCAAAAUUAAUUUGUUAUAUCAAGAAAUGUUACGCAAAAGGAAAGAACUGGAUCAACUUGCAAAGAGUGGGAAACAUAAAUAUGAAUAUGAUUCAGAUGAAGAAGUUGAAGGUGGAACCUGGGAGCAUAAACUACGAUCACAAGAAAUGGAAGCAACUCAGAAAUGGGCUGAGGAGUUAACUAAAAAAUCUGAAGGUAAACAUCAUAUUGGCGAUUUUUUACCUCCGGAAGAAUUAAAAAAGUUUAUGGAAAAAUAUUCUGCUGCUAAAAAUGGCCGUGAGCCUGAUAUAUCAGACUAUAAAGAGUACAAACUAAAUGAGAAUAAUGUAGGAUUUCAAAUGUUACAAAAAUUAGGCUGGAAAGAUGGAGAAGGGCUUGGUUCCAGUGGCAGUGGAAUAGUAGAACCUAUUAAUAAAGCCCCAAAUCACGAAAAUAAUCAAGGUUUAGGAAUUGAUAGACCAGAAAAUUUACAAUCUGAUGACAAUGAAUAUGAUGCAUAUCGUAAAAGAAUGAUGUUAGCAUACAGAUUUCGGCCUAAUCCAUUAAAUAAUCCAAGAAGGCCAUAUUAUUAAGCAAGUUUAGUAGGUAAUCGAUAUCUAUUUAUAUAAAAAAAAUGAAAUAAUAUUUGAAAGUUCUCCUUUAGAUAUUUAUAUCUAUGAUGGGG